UGGAAGGAGAAUUAUCUAUUGUACAACAUAUAAGAAUGUCGUGCAUUAUGGGACUAUUACAGUAUGAAAAGAGGUCAGAAUAUAAGGAUUUCUUCAUAAGGAAGAAAUCCAAAAUAGAGCCAGAGCAGGGGCAGAGCAGUCAGUCAAAGGAUGAGAGCCAGGCUUCAGCUUCAGCUGUACACAUAGGUAUGUGAAAUCCUGAUGGUUCAAGUUUGUUCUCAUGUUUGAACUUACUCAUUUGGUUUGACUGUAACAUACCACUUAGUUUACUAAGGAAAGGCUGAUUGUAUUAUCAUUUUAAUCACAGUUUCUGUGGAUGUACAUGUGGAUGGUAAAGAGGAAAGACCCUCAACAUCACAAACAGAUCAGGGUGUGUCCAGUGCUGCUGACAAUCCAGAGGUUCCUGCAGGCCAUGCACAGGGGGAUAGUGGUGUGGCAGCCCCAUUUGGCGGGCUCGGACCUAUUGGUAUGUCUUAACAAUUCAUUUUUCAUAUGAAGUAUCAUAUGCUUAAUAUUUUAGGCACAUUUUAUUAUCAUUCUAAUGACAACCUAUGUGUUAUUGCAGAGGCAGGCGAGGCAGAGGCAGAAGAUUCCUGUGAUGAAGGGCCCUUACCGUCACAUACACAGCACAGUAUGUAUGCUUUUUUUUUGUAGUGUUUUUAAACAUUACAGUAUCCGCUUUUAUUUGGAUCAUUAUAUUAAUAACACUGGUGUUUAAAAGCUAAAAGUGACAAUUUGAAAUAAAAUUAAACUGAUAGAAUCUCUGUAUUGCUUCAGGCGAAGAUUCCUGUGAUGAAGGCCCCUUACCGUCACAUAUGCAGCAGGGUAUAUAUGCUUUACCUUUAAAAAAAAAAAAAAAACAUUACAGUAUCUGCUUUUAUUUGGAUCAGGAUAUCAAUAAUACUGGUGUUUAAAAGCUAAAUGUGGCAAUUUGAAAUAUAAUUAAACUAAUAAAAUCUCUGUAUUGCUUCAGGUGUGUCCAGUGCUGACAAUACAGAGGUUCCUGCAGGCCAUCCACAAGGGGAUAGUGGUGUGGCAGCCCCUUUUCGUCGGCCCGGACCUAUUGAUAUUUCACAGUCAAGAGCAGCAGGACCCACUCAACCCCGGUUAAAGAUAUAUCCAAAAACCAUGCAAGGAGAGAAGAGGAGGUCAUUCAAUCCAUCUUGGUACAACACCUUUUCAUGGCUUGAGUACUCACUUAUGAAAGACUGCGCUUACUGCUAUGCAUGCAGACACUUCUCUUUGCCUAGCACGUCAGAAUCCGUUUUUACCUCAGAAUCCGGCUUUUCACAUUGGAAAAAAGCAAUGUAUAAAGAUGCUGGCUUUAAGGUGCAUGAAAAAUCAGAUUCUCAUAUUACUGCCAUGUUAGCUUGGAGUGAACACAAGAAGGCUGCACUUACAGAUGCUUCUGUAUUAAACAUGCUCAACAAUGAGUACAAAAAGAAGGUUGAAGAGAAUCGCAGUUACAUUAAAACUGUUGCAGAUGUACUGCUUUUGACAGCCACACAAAAUAUGGCACAAAGAGGGCACCGUGAGUCUGAGCAAUCUGACAACAAAGGGAAUUUCUUAGAAAUUCUUGAAAUGAUUGCUAAACACAAUCCCAUGAAAGCAACAGGCAAUGCAAAAUACACAAGCAAUACCAUACAAAAUGAAAUUCUGCAGUGCUUAGCCAGUAUGGUGCAGGAUUCCAUUGUGAAAGAAGUGAAAGAGAGUGAGGUAUUCUCCAUCAUCGCUGAUGAAACCAAAGAUUUGCAAAAAAAGGAGCAGCUGUCAUUAGUACUUCGAUAUUAUUACAAUGGGGCUGUUCAUGAAAGCUUCCUUGAAAUGCAGCAUGCACAACAUCUAGAUGCUAAGGGGCUUAGUGACAUGAUCAUCAAGUGCUUAGAAAGCUAUGGCCUUCAGUAUAAAUCAAACCUUGUUGGACAAGGUUAUGACGGCGCCUCAGUAAUGAGUGGUAAACAUUCGGUGUGGCAGCCAGAAUUAAGACAGAGGCUAAAACUGCGUUUUAUGUCCACUGUAAUGCGCACUGUCUAAACCUGGUCUUGGUUGACAUUGUAAAGUCAGUUCCAGAGGCAGAUUGUUUAUUUUCACUGCUUGAAAAGAUCUAUGUAUACAUGUCAGGCUCUUAUGUGCACCAGAAAUGGCUUACUGUCCAGAAAGAGAUGUAUGGUGGCACACCUAGAGAGUUACAAAAAUUAAGUGACACAAGAUGGGCAGUAGCUUGCAGGAAUUUGAUGGAUAGAUUACCAGCUGUGUUGUGUGUUCUUCAAAAUAUAAGUGCAGAAAAUCACAAAGACAGGUCCAUUGAUGCUAGAGGUCUGCUUGCACAGAUUGACCUCACAUUUAUAGGCCUCCUUGCAACCUUCCGAAAAGUUUUCGGUGACACAAAGCUGCUUUCUGAACUGUUGCAGUCACCCUCAGUUGAUUUAGCUAUGGCAGCAGACAUGGUGGAGUCACUUCUUGAUACUUUUCAAGAGUAUAGGACUGAGACAUUUACUGAUAAACUGUGGCAUGACAUAGUAGAGACAGCCAAACAGUGCAACAUAGCUGUUGAGAAUGUUGAGAAGAAAAGAGCACAUAAAGUCAGCACCAAACUUGGUGGGUCGUAUCUGUGACAUGUACUAUAGGCCUGCGCAAGGGUAAUGCAGACAAAGAUUCAUUCAGGCAGGGACUACUCUACCCCAUCCUUGACACCUUAGUUUCUGAAAUGGAAAGAAGGUUCUCAAAAAUGAACUGUUCAGUAAUGAGAGGUAUACAGGCCUUAAAUCCUAAAAGCAGUACAUUCCUCCAGGAUGACCAGGUCUUUGACUUUGGAACAAUAUAUGGGUGCGAUAAGGAGGAUCUUACUCAUGAGCUUCACCAGGCUAGAAGAAUUUUGUCAAGGAAAGCUGAGAGUGGGGCGGCACAGUUGGGAAACAUCCUAGAUUUAACAGUGUUUUUGGAACCAUACCAAGAGGUGUUUGUUGAGCUCUUCAGGCUAUGCAAAAUAGCUCUAGCC